AUGCCAUCAUUACGCUUUCUACUAGCUUCAUUGCUCAAGCAGCUGCUUCGACUUCUGAGACCGCGUGCCAUAGGGGCUCCGUCCUUAUAUGGCACGUUUGUGCUUCUCGUUCCCGCCCUUGCAGCUAUUGCAAUUCUCGUCAACAUCAAACAUAUGGACCAGUACACGCUGGCCACUCCGAAAGGCCCAGCUAGAGAUAAAAUCCCUUCAACACUCACAUCCAACUGUAACUCCAUCCUAAAAUAUGGCCGCUAUAUUGACGAUAUAAACGAAUCGCCGACGGGUUGGCAACCUGAUGGCUGCACCAUGAAGACUUAUCGCUCCUUGCAAGCAGACGACCUGACCUCUUGCUUCAAACCAGGAGAUGAAAUCAUCUUCCUUGGUGAUUCAACCACACGCCAGGUUUUUUGGGGGUUUUCCAACAUUUUACUCCGAGGCCAAAUGCAGAAAAUGGAUUCGCACGCCAAUGCCCAAAAUGUCGUCAAUGGUGUCACAACCACCCUUAUUUGGACAUCCUUUUUCAACGGUUCUAACGCUGAUAAAAUUAAAAAUAUUGCCCAAAAGGCUUACAAAGCUAAGGAAAAGGCAAACGCUUUAAAAUUCAACAAGGACAAAAAAUAUAAGCCCAAGACUUAUCUCUACAUGACAGCCGGAUCAUGGUUUGCAGGCAAAGAACAUCCUUGGGAAGUUGCGAAUCGAUAUUCAAACAACACUCUUAAAAUUCUCAAGAUUAUUGACGAUCGAGUUGAUGACGCUUUUGAAGCAGUUUACUUUGCUCCACCCCUUAUUCCUUACUACGAAUCACUAGACAAAAACCGCAAAAAGUCCAUGACCCACAGCCAGAUCCAUUCAAUUGAAAAAAUAGCCGACGAGUUUUUCAAUUAUGUUCGCACAAACGAAACCGUGGCUGACAAAGUCAAACCUGCAUUGUACACUGGUGGUGUCCGUUAUCGUACCCAAAAGGGCCGCAAAGACCAUAUCUCAGCUUAUUAUAUGCCCGUUGGAAAUGAACUUUCAGCAGAAAACCAUCAGGGAUCUCACGACGAUAUGGGAAUCCAUUACUGGGAUCGUGCUUUUCUUCUCCAGGCAAACAUUUUGCUUAAUCAUAUUUGCAAUAAUCGCAUAGCUAUUGAAACAGGUAGACCCCCAGCUGGUGCUACCUGUUGUGUUGAGUACAAUGACUACAGAUAUGGAGGCCCAGCAUCCUUUUUGCCCUCCCUCCGUCGAAUUUUUGACAAGUCUUUGAUCAUUAUUCCAAUUUCUUUUCUUAUUUUUUUUGCAAAUGGGUCUCAGCGUAACCUCAUUUUCCCAAUACUCAAGGCUGUUAUUGGAGUUGUCGUUGUGAUUGGGCUUGUCACAGCAUGGGCUCGAAUCUCUAACGAAACACAGCUUAUUUCCAAAGUUGCCAUUUAUUACAGCUCCAAAGAAAUGUCGGGACUUUUACAAAUCUGGGCAAUCAUUUCGACUUUUUCCAUUUUUUCUCUUACCCAGUACUUUUCUUACGGUGUGGACAAACUACCAAUAUCAUCAGAUACCCAAAUCUCCCGUUACCGUCUAUCUAAACCACUGUUAUUGGAACUUCAAGGUAUUUGUGUUUCUUUGCUUCUUAUAAUCCAUUAUACCGGAUAUAAUUUGAUUCCGCAUGUUUUUGAUGGUGAGCUUCUCUCUAAAAUUUUCAUCAGCACCUGGUCACUUGUUGAACUUUACUUAUUUUGUCUUGAAUAUUUUGAUUCUUUUAAACUCAUUCAAGUUGAUGGCCAGGUCCCUAUGGCUAAAGCCACUUUGGAACAAUCAUAUAAGCUUCCAUUACCUGUUUUUGCGAAAUCGUUGGCUCGUGUGUCCACCUUGCCUAUUCUUCUUUCUCUUAGUGUUACAUAUUCCACCAGAGACUCACUUUCAGGUACUAUUCCACAGUCUUAUAUCGAUCCGGCUGCAAAACUUGCCUUUUGGUUUUUGUUUGUUUAUUUAGGAUUUCCUGUCAUCAAUGCAGUGUCACAAAUUUAUCUCGCCACAACCACAAAUUCUUUACUCAAGAAGGAUUCUGCACCCAAUGAUCUGGAAAAUGCAUUGUCACAAGCUUAUGCUCCAGUUACGAAUGCUCUUCCUAAAAUUCAGCUGGGCAUCCAAACGUCAUUACUUAUUUUCGGAUCUUCACUACCACAACUUAUGGUGCCCAUUAUUAUUCGCACGAUUAAAAUCGAUAUUGCUAAUGACAAUAUCCGAGCUCUCAUUUCCAUUUCGGAGGAUUAUUGGAUUAUGCUUUUCGCCAUUUGGUUUGCACUUUUUUGCUCUACACAAGUGUAUUACUCUACAGAAGAUAUUGCUGAUGAAACAUGUCCAUCACCUUUGGCAGUUGCGGUUGCUGGCCUCGGUUUGCUUGGCUUGUUUGACAUUGGGAAAUACGCAUUUUCUUACUAUCUACCAGAGUCAGAAGCUGGUGUUACUCACCCCAUCUCUUACAUUGACCGACACCAAGCUCCGUACGAUAGGUUGCUAGAUGCGCGAGGCCGGAGUUAUACUGCCAUGGCUCACACAGCUUUUGUCGUUGGUGGUGUUAUAUGCUAUCUGGUGUUGCGACUAGCACUGUUACGAUAUACUCGAAAGGAAGAGAAUCCAGAAGAAGAAGAAGAAGAUGGUGACAAUAAUAACAAUAACAACAACAACAACAACAACAACAACAACAACAACAAUAAUAAUAAUAAUAAUAAUAAUAAUAAUAAUAAUAAUAAUAAUAAUAGAGAUCGUCCAGCACAAUACUUCUAUAUUGAUUGUUGGAUUCGUGUUGCAAGAUUUAGUUUUGAAGUUCUGGAGCUUUAUCCUUAUGUGUUUCUUUCGGUAAGCGGCACGGUUCGACUACAUUAUUUGCCUACGGGCGUUGUUUACUCUUCGUUACUCACGCGAACAUAUAGUUUUGUGAGUAAGACGUUUCAGUUCCCGUACUUUAAGUGGCGGGUGAUUGAGAAGCUUCGCAAAUGUACGUCUAUUAUAUUGGCGCUGGCGAUUCUCAUAUUGCUUGCAAGGUUAUGUGCAUUGGUGUGGGAUCAAACUUUGUUAAGUAUUGAUGAUAAAAAGGAGGUUAAUAAAGAGGAUCCGGAAGAUCAACAUGAGUUAUUACUGUUAAAUGAUGCAGUUAUAGAAAAAGAUAUUAGCUUUAAAGCCAAUGAAGUGGGUGUUGAAGAGGGCGGGGAUAUUGUACAUGAUGAAAAUGAUGGAGAUUCAAGGUAG